GCCUCUUCGUUUCCUCCGUCGCACGUGCCACACACACGUGGCCGUCACUCGUCCCCUCUCAUUCGUUAGUCAAAUCUUCGUUUCCAUCGCCAGCCACCUGGCCGAACUAACGCCAUCCAUCCAUAUCAAAACCCUCCCGGCUUACAAUCAAUCUACACUUCACUCUCUCAAUACAGCCAAUUUCGCCAUGGCCGCCUCCUUCUCCAUCUCCAGAACCUUCCUCGCCUCCUCCCCGGCAUCCGCUGCCACCGCCAAAGCCUUCCUCCUCCCGCCGGUCUCAACCCCCUCCGCCUCCUCACUCUCCUCCCUCAAAACCCUCCCGCUCCGACUGACCUCCAGAUCCAGACGAUUCUCCGCCACCAGAUCCACCGCCGCCGCGGUACCCUCAAUCUCCGCCUCGAUCUCCGUCGGCGACAAGCUCCCCGACGCCACGCUCUCCUACCUCGACGCCGACGACGAGGUCCAGACCGUCACGAUCUCGUCCCUCACCGCGGGGAAGAAGGCCAUCCUCUUCGCCGUCCCCGGAGCGUUCACCCCGACCUGCUCGCAGAAGCACGUCCCGGGGUUCGUGGAGAAGGCGGCGGAGCUGAAAUCGAAGGGAGUCGACACAAUCGCCUGCGUCUCGGUGAACGACGUGUUCGUGAUGAAGGCGUGGAAGGAGAAUUUGGGGAUUAAGGACGACGCCGGCUUGCUGCUGCUCUCCGACGGGAAUGGAGAUUUCACCAGGGCGUUGGGGGUGGAGCUGGAUCUGAGCGAUAAGCCGGUCGGGCUCGGGGUUAGGUCGAGGAGGUAUGCGCUGCUGGCGGAGGACGGCGUCGUGAAGGUGAUGAAUCUGGAGGAAGGCGGCGCGUUCACUUUCAGCGGCGCCGAGGAUAUGCUCAAGGCUCUGUGAGUGUGAAGCGGCUGAAGGGCGAGUGGGGGGACUUUUUUUUUUUACCGUUUUGGUCCUCUGUUAUUUCUAGUUUGUCUUCUUAGGUCCCGGAGUUAUUUUCGUUUUCUGUGCUGUUUGGUUCUGUUUGAGAUGAGGUAAUAAGAAUGAAACGGAAGGAUGGACUUGGAACUUUGUGUUUCCAAUUGAUUUUUUUUUUAUACUAGAAACAGAAACCACUCCUAAUUAACUAAGCGCAAUUCU